CUACACCCAGAGUCGCCUCUUGCCUAUAAAUAGCGGCUCUCUUACUCGUUACAACCUUCUUUCGAUCGGCCUGGGAAAGCUCUCACAAGAUACUUUUUGGAGCAAUCGGAUUUGGUUGGGUACUGAACUAACAUCUCUACGGAGCUGCGCACAACAGUCGCAAAUCGAGACUUGGUGAUUAGAUCUGAAUGAUCGUUUCUAUGUUUCCUUACUUUUUUUCGUGAAUUUUUAUGACAAUCGCUGUCCUGAUGCGCCGAAUUAGAAUUCUGCAUUCAUUUUCGGUGGUUUUUCUCUAUUGGUUCUAUGUGUUUUCAUGAACUCGCCUGCCUUCAAUUCCUUGAAACCCUAAUUCCAUAGUGUCAAAUCCAAACUUUUGCUUGUCCAACCAAGUCUUCAAACUCAGAUCAAGCUAGGGUACAUCCUAGUUUUCUAAAAUAUUCACAAGUGCCAAUCCAAGAAGCAGAUACAAUCCAGAAUGGCAUCAACUCAACAGCCAGUAAGCCCAAUUUCUGAAAUAGAUGAUGACAAGAAGAGAAAGCGCAAGCUGUCCAACAGGGAAUCUGCCCGGCGGUCCCGAAUGAGGAAGCAACAACACUUGGAUGAGCUAGUUACUGAACAGAGCCAUCUGCAAGAAGAGAACAAGAAGCUGAUGCAAAUGAUCGAUGAUGCCUCUCAGCGCUACCUCGAUUCUGCCUCAAACAACAACGUGCUGAGGGCUCAAGUUAUGGAGCUGACCGACCGCCUCCGAUCUCUGAAUUCUGUCAUUGAGAUUGCAUCCGAAGUGAGUGGCCUGUCUUUGGACAUCCAGGAUAUCCCCGACGCUUUGCUUGAGCCGUGGCAGCUGCCUUGCCCGACCCAAGCCAUCCCAGCUAAUGCUAAUGUGUUCCAGUAUUGACAAAUUUUGGUAAUAGUCCUUGUCAAGAUGCACUACAGAUUGUUUACCUAUGUGGUUGGGUCAGUCAGUUCUUGAUUAUAAUAGUCGCUUGUAGCUCCUUUGGUUAAAUAUCUUGGUUUGGAUCUUUAGUUUUUGCUUGAUUGGGAAUUGCCAUGUGUUAAAGAAUCCUCUUAUAAGCUACAUAUGGUGUGGAUUUUGGUUGAUGUUCUUGUUGUAUAAAUAAAGACAUUGUGUUCUGCAUUA